AGUAAACAAAACAAAGCUGUAAAAUUGUGAAAAAUCGUGUACAACGGAGGAAAGAAAGUUUAUUAACUUGCCGAACGUCAUCGAAGUAGAUAAAUAAAUAAUACAAGAAAAAGUAAAAAUCAAAAGCAUUCGAAAUGAAUUCUAUUUUCACUGCAAAUUAAUAUUUCCUGCGACUUUUUCGGCGACGGUUGACAAUUUCAACGAUUUUUCGCUACACACUGCUAGAAGAAAUUGGAAUAAAUUCUUUGUUAUUAAAUUCAGUGUUGAACCAAAUUUUGCAUUUGUUGCAUAAGUGAAACGAAACAAAGAAAACAAAAAAAAAAAAAAAAGUAAUAAAUUCUAGUGUAAAUACAUAUCUACAACAACAAAGGAGUGUUUUUGAGAAACUUUUAUUUAGCACAAUGAGCUUGCGUGGUGUACAUGCCAUCGACUCGAUCGAUUCGAUUGAUGUGCCUGAGCCUCGCAUCAGUCGUUAUCCCUUUGUAACUUCGCAUCGGGUUAUGCGUUCGAUCUCUGGACCAGGAGCGCUAACGCCCAGAGCUGAUUCACCAACUGCCGUUGCCGCAGCAAGACAAGUAAAGACACCGGUGCCCGGUGAAGUUGCCGAUGAUGUGCUUCCCAAUGAGAUUUCAGCACCUUAUGAAGUACCGCAAUUCCCCAUUGAGCAGAUUGAGAAGAAAUUACAAAUACAAAGGCAUUUAAAUGAGGCAACGAGACCCGACAAGCAUGCAUCCCUACUUACUGAGGAGAGUCUAAUGACAUUGGAUGAUCUCGAUGCUGAGGAUCAUGAAUUACCCAAUUUCCAGCGUGUUUCCAUUUCCGGUGAGGAUACAAGCGGUGUGCCAUUGGAAGAUUUAGAGCGUGCUUCUACCUUACUAAUACAAGCAUUGGAACUACGUGAACGUUAUAUGUUGCAUUCGGGUCAAUCAUUUCCGACAACAACACGUCGUUUCCUGAAAACCGUACACGAACGCAAUCGUUUCGGCACGAUUGAGCACGAGAAUCGCAAAACCAUUGCAGCUAUAAUACGCAAGAUCAGCCUCCCCAGUACGCAGACAGACCAUCCCAUACAUCCGCCAAUUAACAAGUCUGAUCCAUGGGAACUGGAAUUUCCAGCUGAUAAUGAAUAUGAGAUCAAAAGUAUUAAUGGUGUCUUCCACGUUUACAAGGAUAAGUUAUGCACGGAGGAAGUCAAAUGUGAAUAUCCAAAUCUCAAAGAGUUCGUUAAUGACAUGCAGGUCAUGUGUAAUAUGAUCGUCGAUGGCCCACUUAAAUCAUUUUGCUAUCGCCGACUCUGCUAUCUCUCAUCGAAAUUCCAAUUACAUGUUCUUUUGAACGAACUGCGUGAAUUGGCCUCACAGAAGGCGGUGCCGCAUCGCGACUUCUAUAAUAUCAGAAAAGUGGACACUCACAUACACGCUGCCUCAUGCAUGAAUCAAAAGCACUUGUUGCGUUUCAUUAAGAAAACACUGAAAAAUAAUGCCGAUGAAAUUGUAACAAUCACCAAAGGUCAACCAAUGUCACUUAAAGAUGUUUUCCAAUCGAUGAAUUUAACAACGUACGAUCUAACUGUAGAUAUGUUGGAUGUGCAUGCUGAUCGGAACACAUUCCAUCGUUUCGAUAAAUUCAAUUCCAAAUAUAAUCCCAUUGGUGAGUCACGCUUGCGUGAGGUCUUCCUUAAGACGGACAACUACUCGAAUGGCAAAUAUUUUGCGCAAAUUAUUAAGGAAGUCGCCUUCGACUUGGAGGAAUCCAAAUAUCAAAACACGGAGUUACGUCUCUCCAUUUAUGGUAAAUCACCGGAUGAGUGGAAAAAGUUGGCCAAGUGGGCCAUCGAUUACAAUGUACAUUCGACAAAUGUGCGCUGGUUGAUACAAAUUCCACGUCUUUACGAUAUCUUCAAAUCCAACAAUUUAAUGACUUCAUUCCAAAAUAUAUUGGAUAAUAUCUUUAAGCCACUCUUUGACGCAACAAGUCGCCCUAAUGAACAUCCCGAACUGCAUCGUUUUCUCAAUUAUGUCAUCGGUUUCGAUUCUGUGGAUGAUGAAUCAAAGCCAGAAAAUCCAAUUAUUGAUUUAGACAUACCAACACCGGAAGCAUGGAAUGAGGAGGAGAAUCCACCAUAUGCCUACUAUAUUUACUAUAUGUAUGCGAAUAUGACCGUGCUGAAUCAAUACAGAAAAGCGCGUGGCAUGAACACUUUUGUUUUACGCCCACAUUGCGGUGAAGCUGGUCCUGUACAGCAUUUAGUUUGCGGUUAUUUAAUGGCUGAGAAUAUUUCUCACGGUUUACUCUUGCGUAAAGUGCCUGUUUUGCAGUAUCUCUUCUAUUUAAGUCAAAUCGGUAUUGCAAUGUCUCCGCUCUCCAACAAUUCACUCUUCCUCAAUUAUCAUCGUAAUCCGCUACCCGAGUAUUUGGCACGCGGCCUAAUUGUUUCGCUGUCGACCGAUGAUCCACUUCAAUUCCACUUUACCAAGGAACCUUUGAUGGAAGAGUACAGCAUUGCGGCGCAAGUGUGGAAGUUGAGCUCAUGUGAUAUGUGCGAAUUGGCACGCAACAGUGUGAUUAUGAGUGGUUUCCCGCAUAAAGUCAAACAGCAUUGGCUCGGCCCCAACUACACGCGUGAGGGUGUCGCUGGCAAUGAUAUAACACGCACCAACGUGCCGGACAUUCGCGUUGCCUACCGGCAUGAAACACUGCUGGACGAGCUGUCGAACAUUUUCAAGGUGCACGAGGCGCCCAAAACGCAACAAAGUGCAAAAGACGGCUUUGCCGCUAAAAAUGAGCUUGAAGAUGCUAAAAAUGAAAUGGAUAAUGAAAGCGCAACAAUCGCGUCUUUUUACUUAAGCACGGAAUAUUGCACCUGUUUGGAGAGUUUGUAAUAUAUAUUUUUUUUUAUUUUAAAUAUAUUUUUUUUAUUAUUAUAAUUUUGCCAACAGUUUAAGCAAGUGAAACAACAACAACCAUGUAGAAUAAUAUUGUUAUUUAUAAUAACUGUAGCUCCUUUCCCCUAAUAAAUAACUGUUAAUAUUUGUUAUUGUA